GGGCAGUGUUUGUGUAUGAAAAGUUUGCGUUGGGAGCUGGAGUUCUGCAGGCACCCCUCCCCCCCAUCCCCUCCUCAAUCUUUCCUGCGGCACUUCGGGCAAGAUCCGGGUAUUUCUGGGAAAAGUCAGCUUCUCUUUGCACUGGUCUUCACAACUCGUUACCUGGAUCUUUUUACUUCAUUUAUUUCAUUAUAUAAUACAUCUAUGAAGCUUAUCUACAUUGCCUGCUCCUAUGCCACAGUGUAUCUGAUCUACAUGAAAUUUAAGGCAACCUAUGAUGGAAAUCAUGAUACCUUCCGAGUAGAGUUUCUGGUGGUCCCUGUGGGAGGCCUCUCAUUUCUAGUCAAUCACGAUUUCUCUCCUCUUGAGAUUUUAUGGACCUUCUCUAUCUACCUUGAGUCAGUGGCCAUCCUUCCACAGCUCUUCAUGAUCAGCAAGACUGGGGAGGCUGAGACCAUCACAACCCACUACCUGUUCUUCUUGGGUCUCUACCGUGCUUUGUAUCUUGUCAAUUGGAUCUGGCGCUUCUACUUCGAGGGCUUCUUCGACCUCAUUGCUGUGGUGGCCGGCGUGGUCCAGACCAUCCUGUACUGCGACUUCUUCUACUUGUAUAUUACAAAAGUGCUCAAGGGAAAGAAGCUCAGUUUGCCAGCGUAAGUGCCAAAGACCAUCAGUAGCCUCUGUCCUUCAGGGUGCUUGGACAGAAUUCUUACCACAGCAAAGGCGUGAGAUGCUUGAUGCGGGAAAUCAGAAACUUAACUCUUUUGUUGCAGAUCGUCAUCAGUGGCUCUAUAAGAACACAAGAGGAAAAGAACCACAAGGUUUCUGUUUAAUGCAUCUUGCCUUAUCUUUUUUUAUUACUAUGUACAAAGAUUUUUUUACACAAAGAAACUUAAUGCUGUAUUAAUAAAUUCAGUGUGUAGCUUAAUUGGAUAGUUUCAAAAGUGACAAUUUUGUGAGGAAUAAGUGCAAGCUUUUAUUUUAAAAAUUCUUUGAAAUUGUUGAUUGGUUGUGUCUGCAAUGAAAUAUUGUACUCUUUGACAGUUGGUAGAUUAUAUAUUCUAACGUCUAUCAAACUUGCAUUCCACUAUAUUUAUUUUUUGCCAAAAUAUGAGUUAAUAUUUGUUUGAAAUCUGAGACACUAUGUUCAGUGUUUUUAUCUAUCCAAAUUCCCACCUGCCGUGGAAAUCCUUGGACCUCACAACACUACAUUUAAGGUUAGUGAAGAUGACUUGUAAAUCUUAUGGUUUUCAUUACCAAAAUUUUAAGGUUCUGAGUGUAGAUGGGGUGUCAGCUAAGUCACCCAAGGUGCCUGCCCUCUUUCCCCUGCUGAGAAGGGUCAACUUGAGACUCCCAAGGAUGCUGAAGAAUUCCUGGGCAGGAGUUUUGGGUUGCUUGCCAUGUGAGUGUUUGAUAGGAGGGACUGUAAUGAUUAUUUUGGAUAGAAGAUCACUCCUCUGAGGAAUGGAACACAUAAUUAUCUGUGACUUUCAUUUGCAAUUUCAAAAGAUGAACUAUAACCAUGUCCAUGCUUAGAUUCACACAGUUUUCUCUAUCACUUUUGGUUGGUAAAAUGAUUUACAAUUUUUUUAAUUGGCAGCAUCAAUUACCAUUCCUUAUAUUCUUUUUUUUUUACUGAGUUCUUGCAUGAUUUAUCUUGUGUUACCAUCCUAAAUAAACAUUUUAUUAAAUGGAAUAAAUUGUCUUUUUUUUAAAUUAGGCUUCUGAACAUCCUAUGUUGGGAUAAUUUUUGUUUUGUUUUUCAUUUGGCAACAAAAGCUCUAUAGGGCUGCAGACAUUUAAAGUCCACUUAAUCUAAAACUUUGUUGUAUGGAAAUUAACUAGUUUUCCUUCUGAUUUUGCCAUUAUAUUGAUUUGCUACAUUUUUUGACUUAUGCAAAAGUAUAUGACUUUGUUUUUAUUUAGUUCAGUGCAAACAUGAAAGUAUUUAAUACUAACAAUGCUUACUAGGAGGAUGUAGUAUUUGUUUCAUUUUCUCCAUUAAAAUGUCUUGUGGAGGAAGGGAGCUGGAUAAGCUACAUUUUUAUUUAGUGUGGUUCUUAAGUUGGCAUUACAGCUACGAAAUUUAACCUGUUAUUGCCCUCAUUUUAUUUUUCUCCUCUUGCUUCAUGUUUUUGCUUUGUGUAUCAGAAUACUUUUCAGUCAGCAUACUAGGCUUAGCUUAGUUUCUUUGGCUUGUUUUCAUCCUCCUUGGAUAAUACUGGGAGUGUGGAGGAAGGAUGGGGAAAUCAGUUGCAGUAACUCAAGUAGAAAAGUACAGCAGGUUGCCUGCUGCCCAGACUCGGGGUGUGGGGAGGGCUCAUACCUGCCUUUCCUCAUGUAAAUCAGACACAAGCUGGGGUCCCUCACUGCAGAGCACAAUGCACAGAACAAGAUCUGGAACCUCAGCAUGUCAGAGCCUUCUGUAGUCAUUCUAUUCGAGUAAGAAUAAAAUUGGCCAAGAUGUUAAUCACCAUUUUGUGGUCAGCUAGGAUGACAUGUUGCUAAGAAUUCCUGACUUGGAGUUGGGACUGGGCAGUGUCCUCGGCAUAAAAGGCCUUGCCUUGUGUGACACAUCUUAUGAAGCACUGUUUCAUGGUUAUUUUCACUUCCUAAAUAAAGGUUAUCAGGUAAUCAAUAUUUUCAUUAAG